CGGCCCGACUCGCGGCAGCGCAUCACGGCGUAGUCCCGGGGCGGUGCGCCCGGUUGGCGGCUGCCGCGCACGCGCAGAGGCCGUGGCGCCCCUUCCGCUCCGUUCCGUUCUGUCACCUUACGGCCGGCGCCGCUGCACCCGGGACCGGCGUUACCCUUUUUCCCUUCUCUCCGCUUCCCCGGGCGGGCGCCCGUCACCGGCUCCCGGUGCCUCUCGGCGGCCGCGCCCCCAUGGAGGAGCCGCUGGCGCUGCACCCCGUGAAGCUCUACGUGUACGACCUGUCCAAGGGCAUGGCCCGGCGCCUUAGCCCGCUCAUGCUUGGGAAACAGCUGGAUGGCAUCUGGCACACCUCCAUAAUCGUCCAUAAAGAUGAGUUCUUCUAUGGCAGUGGAGGAAUCUCCAGCUGUGCACCAGGAGGGACGCUUCUUGGACCUCCGGACUCGGUUGUAGACCUGGGGAACACUGAAGUUACAGAAGAAAUUUUUCUGGAAUAUCUUUCCUCCUUGGGGGAAUCUAUGUUCCGAGGAGAGUCCUAUAAUCUCUUUGAACAUAACUGUAAUACCUUCAGUAAUGAAGUGGCACAGUUCCUGACAGGAAGAAAAAUCCCUUCCUACAUCACUGACCUUCCAGCUGAAGUUCUUUCCACACCUUUUGGACAAGCUUUAAGGCCCCUCCUGGACUCCAUCCAGAUUCAGCCACCCGGAGGAAACACCUUCAGCAGACAUAAUGGACAGAGCUAACAGGAAUGACCCAGUGUGCCCAGCCUCACCAGGCCUCUUCCUUUUAAACAUGAAUCUACCAGAUUUCUAUUUUAUAAUUUCCCAUCAGAAUUAACUCUACAGAAGUUACAAGACAAGUUUUAAAAUUUCUUGGGGAGAGGAUUUAUCAGGGUGCAUGUAAGACAAUGCUACCAAAAAGAUUGCUAUAAUUUCUAAUAGUAUUAUACUAAUUUAUAAAGGCUGUCUUGUCCGAGUAGGCUGACACUUUCUAAGUAACUCCUCUGUUGGUAAGUGGGAAUUCAUUCCAUGAACAUUCAAGGGCCGAUUAUGCAACUUGGAGUAAAUAAGGUGAUGUCUUAGCCAUCCCUUGCAGGCUUGCAUCUCUUUCUCCUGUUCCUGCCUAUAUUAUGGGGUUAUUUGAAGUCUGUAGCAAAAAGGCAAAGGAACUGUUGGUAGCCUAGGAAGUGAAGGUAUCCCAGGAUUAGUCUUCUGCAGAUUUCAUUGACAUUGUUAUUUGCUUGGGGAAAAAGGUGAACUCAUCUGAUUUACAAUAUUUGCAGUGGCCUAGGUGUGUGGGAAAGGCGAUCGAUUUGCACCGUGUGUCAGUGUCACACUCAAAAGCUGAAGCUUCCAAUGGGAUUAGCUGGAAGGGAGACUGGAACUGAAGGGCUACCAAGAGCCUCACAAGGCUAGAUGCAAGAGUUUUGAGAAAGAACCUGCUGAAAGAGCAGGGUCUGAUGCGCAGAAGUGGUGGAAACAAAUUUCAGGCGAAAGAAAAAUGAAGUGAAAUGUUUCCUGUUCUUACAUAUAAGCUUAUCAGCAGAUGGACAGAACAUUGUAAAAUGUUUACCUUUGCGUAAGAGGUAGGGGUUUUUUUUCUUACUAAGCCAGAGUUACAGUGCAGUAAAGCAGGGGUAGCGUGGCAACUGCACAAUAAUGUAAGGUGGACCAAUUCUGCCUUCAGUAUCUAGUUGCAGGCACAGUAGGAGUUCCAGCUUUCUUUGGGAUUGCUGUCCCUUCCAAAGCAGCCAAGCACAUCGCAGAGAGGGCUCUGCUUAGGUGUAAGAGAAGUAGGUAGUAGAUCUCCCCAAAUAUAAAGAAGAUAAUGAAGAGCAAAAUCAAACUUUUCAAUGGAACAAUUGAUUUUAUUGGGAUACACUCAGAAGCAGUCCUGCCCUUAGAUUGACAUUAGAUUGUAUCAAUACUGCAUUUUCUAGUUUAAGAUUCUUAUAGCUUUGCAAUUAUUUGCAGUGGAAAAAGAUCAGGGGAAUGAAAGAAUAGGCACAUUGAUUUCUUUUCAUGCAUGAAUAUACACUAUCUUCCUGAACCAUUUUAUAGCAGUUGCAUUUAGGAAGGAACACAGGAAAAGACAUUGGACAACCCCCAGAACAUUGCCAAUGCUCCAUAAAUGGGGACUGCACGUCCCAGAUGCUGCUGAAAAAGCAUCUAUGCAAAUGUAUAGCCCUUUGUCCAGUGCUUUGUUGUGAAAAGUAUUGCUGCAAGUUCGGUCCUACAUCUCAAACUUCCUGCACUUAAAAUUUCCUGCAUACCUAAAGGAUAUGUCUUUCGUCUGCUGGGCUCUUUCUCCCAGAAUCAUACCGUUCAAUAAGUUUCUCAUGCAGAUACUUAGUGUGGGCAAUAAUGGCUCAUAUUUUUGAGGGGAUGAAGUGGAGGAAAUCUGCGAUUUAUUCAAUGUCAAAUAAUCUGCUGCCCUGCACUUUGUGGAGUCACUGCACAAGUGUAAAUAGGGUACUGUCAGUCCAUUCUGCGGUUUUGUGUGUACCUGCUCUCAGUGCACAGCACUGGCCCUUGCAGCCCAGAUAUUUUUUUUUCCCUUGUCAUUCUCUGCUUGUGCCAUCAACUUCUCCGUAAGCAUUUCAUUUGACAGACUGGAUUUGGAGACAGCUGUAGCAGUUAGUACAGAUCAGCUUAUACAAAAGCUUUCAGUCUUUGCCCACGGAAGUGUCCUGUUUGCAGAAAGCAUUCUAUAAUAAAACAUUUAUGGAUUCUCUUUGGUGCUCCUAAAGGAAGGAUUGGUAAGUGUUUGUUUUCUGCUAAGCCAUAGUUUAGUUUUCCUGUUUAGUAUGUAUAUCCCCCCCAGUCUUUUCCCAUACUUAUUCCAUGAAGAGUAACCAGUUUCUCAUUUUAAUACACACAUGACUGUGCCACAAAAUGCUGUAGCACGUUAGGGAUCUUGGAGCUUCCCCAGCUGAACAGAUAUACUCAAGCUGAUACAAAUCUAGGUAUGGUAGUUUGGUACCCACGAGCAGCACCGCUUUCAGCAAACUUCCGCUUCAGGCACAGCUGCCUGCAGUGGAAGCGCUAGUGCCACAGUUUCUGCCCCACACUCUUGCAUGAUGAGGAUAACCCAUGUAUGUUCACCAUUUUAAAGAGGUCUCGAGCCUGGUUUCUACUCGACUGCCUAUUUCAGGACUUUAUACGUCCUUUCAGGAUGUGCGAAAGAAAAUGAAGAGGAUCCCCCCCAUGCAUUUUGCAAUCUGCCUUUGCCCCUCCUGAGCAUCCCCUUUGCAGAGAUAAUGCUGCUGCUUAAGGAUCACUGGGUAAAAUUCCCCUCAGCCAUAUACUGUUUGCAGUAGCCAAGAAGGUAUUUGGUCUCCUGGGCUCUGGACCUACCCUGUGUUUUGUGGCAAAAGAACUGUAGGAAGGAGUCCUGUUUGCUUGGUCUUACUGGGUAAUCUGACCCCUGUAGACCUCUUAAGAAACCCAUUUCUCCAAAGACGGUUAUGUGUAUACUGCAGGACUGUGCCCCCAGCGUUCCACCCAGCUGUACCUACUCAUAGGGCUAUAAACUAGACUGAGAGGUGUAUCUAAGUGUAUAUAGGUGAUGGACUUCAGCCAGCUGAUUGACAAAGGGGUAGGGAAUCUGAACUGAAAGGGAUCAGAACCCUUUUCCCCAUACUUAUUAUCCUAUCUUGUAUUGCUGGGGUUCCCCCGUGCCAUUUAAAAAAAGUUAAUGAUGUCUUUAGACAGAAAGUGAUGUUUUGUUUGUGGGUUUGGUUUUGGUUUUUUGUUGUUUUGUUUUUUUUUCUAUUACAAUAAAAAAUACAGCACGUU